AAGCCCAUUGGUCAUUCCUGGAUGCAGUCUUUAAUGAAGUGUUAACUGUAGUCAGCCUAAGUCAUCUUGCUUGUUCCACUUGUCCUGACUGGCUUCUGCCAUGUAAUAGGGAGUCAGCACCAACUCAUUCCCUGCUUUCUUCCACUUUCAACUGUUUGGAUUAUGCUCAACAACCGUAUCUUCAAACCCCUCUCCUUUGGGGGCUUUUACUUUGUUUCAGGGAGUCCCAGCGUAGGAGCUUCAUGAACAGCUUUGCUCUACAGAUCACUGGUCCAACUUGUAUGGCCUGGGAUAGAGAAUUCUCAAUGUCCCCUACCUCCUUUGAUACUACGCCAUGCUCAGCAAUCAGACGCCUUUCUUCUUCCCCAUGGUCCACUUCGUCCUCUUUGUCUUCACGGCUUCCACCAUAUUUCACAUUCAGCAACGGCUAGCGAAGAUUCGCCCCACAUGGGACAUUGACACGCUGGUUUUGGCGACGGAAAGUCCCACCAGCCAGCUGCCCCGGGGCAUGUGGACGAUCAACGCCAUUGGCCGCCUGGGGAACCAGAUGGGCGAGUAUGCCACCCUGUACGCCCUGGCCAAGAUGAACGGGCGGCCGGCCUUCAUCCCGGCCGAGAUGCACAGCACGCUGGCCCCCAUCUUCCGGAUCAGCCUCCCGGUCCUGCACGGCAGCACGGCCGGCCGCAUCCCCUGGCAGAACUACCACCUGAACGACUGGAUGGAGGAGCGCUACCGCCACAUCCCCGGGGAGUACGUGCGCCUCACCGGCUACCCCUGCUCCUGGACCUUCUACCACCACCUGCGAGACGAGAUCCUGCAGGAGUUCACCUUGCACGACCACGUGCGGGAGGACGCCCAGAAGUUUCUAAGGGGCCUGCAGGUGAAUGGGAGACAGCCAAGCACCUUCGUGGGAGUCCACGUGCGCCGGGGGGACUACGUGCACGUCAUGCCGCAGGUGUGGAAGGGCGUGGUCGCCGACCGGCGGUACCUGGAGCAGGCCCUGGCGUGGUUCCGGGCCCGCUACGACUCCCCCGUCUUUGUGGUCUCUAGCAAUGGCAUGACCUGGUGUCGGGAGAACAUCGACGCCUCCCUGGGGGACGUGGUGUUCGCGGGCAAUGGCAUCGAGAACUCCCCUGCCAAGGACUUUGCGCUGCUCACGCAGUGUAACCACACCAUCAUGACCAUUGGGACAUUUGGAAUCUGGGCUGCCUACCUCGCAGGUGGCGAGACCAUCUACCUAGCCAAUUACACCCUGCCGGACUCCCCCUUCCUCAAACUCUUUAAGCCAGAGGCAGCUUUCCUGCCUGAGUGGAUUGGGAUCCAGGCAGACCUCUCCCCACUACUCAAGCACUGAUAUUAGGCGGCCCUUGGCCCCUCCUCCUUUGCUGGCUCCAAGAGCAGAUCCCCAAGGCACAGGGAACAUAUUGUUACAUGUACCAGGACACUUCCUUCCUGCAAGUCACUGACUUGCUGAAUUAACCUAUUUAUGUGUCCUCUACAAGAGGACACAAAGUUGGGGCAUCUCUGGGGUUAGUUAAGUCAGCAGCACAGCAGUGUCAUCGGUGACCCCUGUUCCAUCUCUCGUGUUCAACUGCUGUCAACUCCUCUCAGAUUGGCUCCCUCAUGGUCCCAAAAGGGCUGCCACAUAACCGGGUGUCACAUACAGACAGCCUCGUCAUGAGGCAGCAAAAAGAACUUCAUUCUUGGGACCCUUUUGAAGAAUGAGAGAAAGAUUUCAAAGCCCUCCAGCAAUUUCCACCCUGCCCUCCCAGCCCCCGCAUAGCUCAUUGACCGGAAGUGUGUUAAGUGCCCACCUGACCCAUUAGAGGGCAAAGUGAAGAAGACCCUGGGAUUGGUUUAGCUUCAGAUCAAUAAAUCUUUGCUCUCUCCAGCUGGGGAGUUGAUCGCCUCCUCUGGAAGACAUGGAGGCUUGCAGAAAGAGAACAGGUGCUCCUAACGAGAAAGAAGAUGCAACACAAAACGGAGAAUCCCUGAAUUGUGUGCGUUGUUUGCUGCACAAAGGCAUUUGGCCAAGGGGGUUGAUGGAGCUCUGGGAGAGUCAACAGCCUACUCUCCAAGCCACGUGUCCCUGGUACCGUGUCCACCCGGAGGACUCACUGUUUUCUAGUGCAUCUGCCCAGACUUGAGACCUUUUCCCCAGUUUUCCCAAGAGUGCCGCCCUACUGGCCAGUAGCUGGUGUGCUUCUAAGACCUCCCGCCCCAAUUCGGCAACCCUGGCUUCCUAGGGCUUAGGAUGAUUCCUGGUGAGAACCCAGAGCCCAGCAGGGCUCAGUGAACUUGAAGAGUUUGUUCUUUUUAAGUGUCUGUGGUGGUGCAUCUAACAGCAUCCCUGCUAGCAAAGGUUGGAUUAACAAAACAUAGUGGCUUGAAGUUACAGCAAUUUAGGAUUUCCUACAAUCUUGUGGGUCAGCUGGGGGCUCUCUUCUCCAUGCGGUGUUGGUGGAGGCCUCAUGCCGCUGUUGUUUUUGUGGAGUACAGUUCCCCUCAGUCGUCAACAUCAUGAAAGCGGCCUCCAUGCUAUGAGGAAGCCCAGCCCCACUCUGGGGCCACGGGUGGGUGCUCCAAUUAGCAGUCUUAGCUGAGGUCAACUUCCGAGUUCAGGGUGGGCAUCAGAUGUGCUGCCACAUGUCGUUCAAGUCAGUCUAGCAACCAGCUGAGGUUCCUGACAAUGUGUGGCAGAGAGCAGCCCUAUCUCGAUUCUUGAUUCACAGUCUGUGAGCAUAACAAUACAAUUAUUCAAUGCUGUGAAGUUCUGGAGUCAUGUGUGAUAUAGCCAGAGAUAAACUAAAUGGAAGAUUCUCUUUAUCUGCGGACACUUUUGUGACUUGGGCAUGAUCUAGGCAAAACUUGAAUGUCCCCACCUGACUUGAGAUCCCACACGCAAAGGCCCUGUCGCAGGGGGAAUCUGGUUAUACAUGAGAGCAGAACCAGGCCAGUGUGGCUGGAACACAUGGAGACAGGUGGGAGAGAAGUUAUCAGGGUCGACCAUGAAAGGCCUAGUGGACCAUGGCAAGGACUUUGAGUUUUAUUCUAAGACCAAGAGGAAGCCAUCAGAGGGUGCUUAUCAGGGGAGUAACACAAUCUGAUUUGCUGUGUGGAGGAAGGGCUGUAGGGGUGAGAGAGGGGUGAAGACCAGGGAGAAGGCUACUGUAACGAUCCUAGCAAAAAGUGGUGGUGGGCCAAGGAGGUCUUUCAAGGGCUCAGCAGAUACUGCUAGUGUCUCUCUGCCAGUCUGACAAUCUUGAAAGAUCUUGAUGCCUCAAUCAGAAUGCUGUUUGAGUCAAGCAUUCACCAUGGGCCAAUGACCUGUGCGGAAAGGUCACGGAGUUGGUCUGAAAGGAAGGUAAUUAAAGAAUAUUAGGACUGGGGGCGGGGGCGGGGCCUGGGUGGCUCAGUGGGUUAAGCUUCUGCCUUCUUCUGUUCAGGUCAUGAUCUCAGAGUCCUGGGAUCAAAGCUCACAUCGGGUUCUCUGCUUGGCAGGGACUCUGCUUCCCUUUCUUCCUCAGUGCUCGCACUCUCUCUCUCUCUCAAAUAAAUAAUCAAUUAAUUUUAAAAAACUAAAUAAAAAUGUAAGAAAGAACAUAAGGAUUGGGAAGAUGCUCCGCAAUUGAGCAUAUGGAGAAACAUGUUUGCCACUUGUGUUUCAGUGACUGAAGCACGUCAAGCGGUCACACCCAAUGUCAAGAACGACCCAUGCUUAUACCGCAGAAUAUUUGCACUCUGACGGCCACCUCAUAUCUUGCAGGCCCCAAAGUCUCUCCACCUGGUUCUCUUGGAGCCCUUUCCUUUUGGCUUAGUACCCACAGAAUGGUGCCACAGUACCCAUUGUGCUGAUAAGUCUCUGCCUCAGUAACUCUAUUUAACUCAUUCAAAUUUCUCGUCCGAAUUUAGAUUUUCUAUUUAUUUUUUUAUUUUAUUUCUUUAAGUAGACUCCAUGCCCAACCUGAACUCAUGAACUCAUGACCCUGAGAACAAGGGUCAAUGGUGUACCCACUGAGCCAGUCAGGUGACCCCCCCCAUGUGAUUUUAUAGAGCUGGAAUGGGGUGAUGGUUGCUGGACCAGGGUUUGCUAUUUUAAAAAUAAAUAAAUCCUUAAUUAUUUUGUCUAUA